UUGCGAAUAAUUUUUGAUCAGUGAAGCUGUGUGUUGUUUUUCCUAAUUAUCAUUUUAAUGUGAUAUGAAUUAUUGUUUUAUUAGAUUUCUUUCUUCUAAUAUAUUUUUUUGGAUAUAUUUUAUUGAAAAAUGUCAGAAGGAACUGCUGUGCAGACUACUGAGCCAGCGGCUGAUGGAGCAGCUCAAGGUGAAGAACAAAGGCCUCAAUCUACGUUUCAAACUGUGUCUGGGAUAAUAUUUCGUGUUGUGUUCAUGUGGAUGGUCAUGUCAUGGUUGAGAGGUGGAAAUAAAACAAAUACAGGAGAUAAUAAAACAGUUGCAACAUUUGCUUCUCAGAACUUAUUUAAGACUGGGGAUGUAUUGGACAUGUGGGUGUUUGUUAAUGAAGAGGAACAUUUCACAGACUUCACUAAUAUGAAUACACUAUAUUGGCACAAAACAGAUUUAACAUAUGGUGCGUGGUACGAUGGACCGAACCAAGAUGGCACUUUCACGUCUAAUACAACCAUUGUGUUGUCCGAGAAAGUUCAGAAGAAUGGAUCACUAUUUAUGCAUGUUUACUUCACUCAGGAAGGCUUCGUACCGAAUAAAAAAUUGGAGGGGUCUUAUUCUGAACAAUACACUUUCGAAGCACACAAACAAUUGAAUAAAUAUAAAAAAAGAACAAUAAAAAAGACACAGAAUUUACUCACUGGGAAGACAGAGACAGAUCCCACACUGUUAAAAAGAGCAGAAACACAUGGAAAUACUGAAAUAAUUUCUCAUUGGCAUCCAAAUAUCACAAUCAAUUUGGUUGCUGAUCAAACAAAUUGGGCUAAAGGAAGUGUACCUCACCCACUAGACAAACUGGUCAAGUUUGAUGAUGAACACAAGACCUAUGAGCCAAUCAUACAUCUGAAUGAUUAUUGGAAUCUUAUAAGAGAUUUCCAACCUAUAAAUGAAACUGUAAAAGAAGUCAAUUUUCAUAUUACAUAUCAGCCAAUUUCUCUUUUCAAACUUCAAAUGUAUGCUUCUCAAUCAAUGCAAAAUCAAUGGUUCAAUGUACUUGGUGAAGAUUAUAAUGAAGAAUCAGAACAGGAUAAAGAUUCUUUGAAGGAAGCUAUGGUGGAAACAAAUCCUUAUCUACUUGGUCUUACUGUAAUUGUAUCAAUUGUACACAGCAUAUUUGAAUUUUUAGCUUUCAAAAAUGAUAUUCAGUUCUGGAAGAGUCGAAAAACACUCGAAGGUCUCUCUGUUCGUUCUGUUGUUUUCGGUGUUUUCCAGUCUGUCAUUGUUCUUUUAUACAUUCUCGAUAAUGACACAAAUUUUGUUAUUCGAGUCAGCGUUUUUAUUGGUUGUCUUAUCGAUGCCUGGAAGAUUACUAAAGUCAUGUCUGUGAAGUUUGACAUGGAGGAUAAACUGAUUGGAUUUCUUCCCAAAUUUGAAUCACGGACAAAGUCAACGUAUGUUCCAUCUGACACCAAGAAAUACGAUCAACUUGCAUUCAAAUAUCUGGGAAUGUUACUUUUCCCACUUCUUGCUGCUUAUGCGGUGUACUCCCUUAUAUAUGAGGAACAUAAAGGUGUAUAUUCAUUCAUCCUGGGAAUGCUUUAUGGAUUUUUAUUGACGUUUGGUUUUAUUAUGAUGACACCACAAUUGUUUAUCAACUACAAACUAAAAUCUGUUGCCCAUCUGCCAUGGAGGAUGUUGACAUACAAAGCUCUCAACACUUUCAUUGAUGACAUUUUCGCAUUUGUGAUCAAGAUGCCAACUAUGUAUCGAAUCGGCUGUUUCAGAGAUGAUAUUGUGUUUUUUAUCUAUCUUUAUCAACGCUACAUUUAUCGUGUCGAUCCUAAGAGGGUUAAUGAGUUUGGAACAACUGGAGAAGAUCAUGAACAAGUGUCUUCCGGAGAAGCUUCCAAUUCUACUGCUGCUAUUGCUAAUGGUGAUGCUCAGAGUGACAAAAAGAAUGACUAGGUCAUUCUCAGUUCAACAGUCAUAUGUACUUUUGUGUCAGUGUUUUGUAUCAGAAGAGGAUAAAUUAAUUAAAUCUAAUUUGUCAGUGAUUGAUUUGUCGUUUCACCAUUACCCCGUUUCUGCAUUCUUGUGAGUUUAUGAUAAUAUCUCAUGAUGUUAUUUUGUUUGUGCAAUGCAGUCGUUAUUAGCAUCGUCUCCAGUCCAAUUAAUGCUUCAAUUCUCAAGUUUGUGUUUUGUCAUGAUGUGACACAUUUUGUUUUAUGCCAUAUUGAGAAAUUUGUAUUCUAUGUCAAAUCAAAAGUAAAAGGUUUCUGCUAACUUUA